CUGGGCUCUGAGCAUGCCACAGUGCCAGCCCCCAGCCCUGCCACAACUCCCCCCACCCCAAAAGGGCAGCCUGGCACUGCUGGGACGCCUCUGCCAGCCUGGGGCUGCGCCAGAAAGGAGACACCACCAUCCCACUGUAAUUCAGGAGGCUGUUACCGGUGUGAACAUCCCCUUGGAAGAGGCAGAGAGCCCCAUCCCAGGAUGACACCCAGAACACUGGGCACCCCACAAACCCACAGGCCUCCAUGCCGCCCCAGACAUCAUGUCCUACCCCAGGAACCCAUGCAGAGCUGCCCAGUGCCACCUCCUGAUGCCAGGGAAGUUCCAGCUCCUACACAGAGCCUGUGGGGCCUGGCUGCAGCCUCAGGGACUGGGGUGCUGAGAGUCUGCCCUGCCAAGCUCCUCCCUUGGCACGUUUUGCUUUUGAUACAAAAGAAGGUUGAAACCACUCAAUAAAGAGAAAAAUGAAGCUUUUGCUGACAGCUUCAGAUGUCAGUUUGGGGGCUCCUGGGGGUCUGGGCUCUGAUUCCUGCAGCUGACCCUAAGCUCAAGCAGAUCUCUGUGUGUACCCCCACAGCCCCAUCGUUCCCAGAGCACCCUCAGUAACACAGACCAACACCAGCCCUGGAACUGCUCAUUAGACCUUCAAAAGACAUCGUGUUAAUGAGCAGCUUCCCAAACUGCCCCGGGCUGGGGUAAAGAAGGGCAGUCACAGGGAACUGGGAGCCCCAAGUCUCCACACAUCCCACUCACAGGGAUGUCAUCUUCAUCUCCAGUUAAGCUAAAGCUGCCUCAGAUGGGCUCAGGUGUGGGGGGUGAUGAGGGGUGAUAGGUGCAUUGGUACCACCUGCCUCCUCCCCAGAGCACCUGUGCUGCAUUCCCAAAACACACCUCCCUGGGCUUUUUCCCUCUCUUUAUGAGCAGUGGGUGCUGGAUGCAGGUGCUUGCUGCUCUUUGGCUGCUGCUCUCCCUGCUGGGGUAGGGGCUGAUGAGUAAUGUGGGAUGUGUCUUGUGGUUCCCCUUCCCUGAGGUGGUUGCUCAAUAUGGGGCAGCUCCUUCUGACACCUCAGUUCUUGUGCUGGGUUGUGCUCCUGGAUUAGACACUGAUGUUGACCAAAUCCUUAGUGUGAGUGUAGCAUUUGGAGGUCUCCAAGUGCUCUGUCUACUAGAAGCUUCUGGGAGGUUUUAGCCACCCUGGUUAGCCAAACCCCCUCUGUUCUGGAAGGCUGCACCAGCUGCCUCAAGCUCCCUUGCUGCAGAGAGGCUGUUUGUCGUCUUAGAGCUGGUUUUGUCUGUAAAGGCUUUAACUGGCUUUUCCUUGUCCCAGGGAUGUGCAUGCAGUGAGGUGUUUUUAUCCUUCUCUUGACCAUGCUGUGCUGGUGUGAGCUGCCUGCACGCUGCUGACCCAGCUCCGGGCUCAUGUUUCUUCUACAUGUUUCUGCUCUGGCACAGCCAAACUCUGUUUUCCCUGAUAUUUCUCUCAUAGGAGCUGACUUCUGCUGCCAGCAUUGGGUCUGCUGUGGAGGAUGAGCAGCUCUUCUGCCUUCUCCAGGCUGCUGUCAGAGGAGAGGCCGGUUGCUGCCCUGUGGGGCUGCCAGCUGAACACGGGCACCCCCAGCUACGUGGUGAAGGAGGAUGAGGAUGCCCUGGAGCACCUGGUCCUGCUGGGAACGGUCUGCCUGGGGGCUGAGGCCAGGGAUGAGCUGCACGUGGUAGCUGUGGAUUCAAGAAACACCUACGGAGACCCCAGGCCGGUGCCCAUCGCGGCACUGCGGGCCUCGGUGCUGCCCAUGAUCAGCCUUAAAGGGCUGGAGCUGGUUCCUCCUGUCACCUUUGUGCUCAAGUGUGGAGCUGGGCCGGUGUAUGUCAGCGGGCAGCACAUCAUCCUGGAAGAUGAUGCCACGGCUGAAGCCCACGAGGAGGAGCUCUUGGAGGAGGAUGUGGGUGAUGAGGAUGCUGCUGGAGCACAAUAAAAUAGCUGCAACCCAGAGGAACUUUGGCUCUGGGAGUGGAGCCGGUGUGAUGGUGGGUACACCCUAUGCUGGGAUGGCCCUUGCAAGGGGACACAAGCUGACUGGGAUUUGGAUAUCAUCCCUUGUCUCCUCUCCUUGCUCACUCCAUUCCUUUUGUGCUCCUGGAAAUGCUUUUUGCCUCUCUUUUAUUGCAAUAACAAUGGGAAAAUGCAAA